AUGGCGACGAUCGCACCACCACCACCACCACCUCAGGCGCGCGUCCUGGCGCCCACCGUCGUCCACGGUCUCCUGACGACGGUGGCCAACCUGCCGCCACCGUACAAGCUCCAGUAUCCGGUCGUAGCCGACGCCCCGACCCCCGUGAAAGCACCCGGCCCUGUGGACAGUCCGCUGGACUUGACCGUCCGCCCGACCGCGCCACUCGGACCGAUAACACCUCCCGCCACACCGUCCCCGCUGAAGAAGCGAUACCGCGAGGACAAUCUGCUGAACUUUGUGCGUAGCGACGAACCGCAACCGAAGCGAGCGAAGGAUGAGCCGGCGAGCGAACCGGACGUGGAACCUCAGGUAAAGCAGGACCCAAAGACACCGCCGGCGAAGGCGAGUACCAAGGCAGGCAGUGUGCCACCCCGGAGCACCAAGAAUCCUCCGCCAGCCGCCGCCAGUACGGGCACCUCGAAGGAGCGGCGCGCCAAAGCGAUCCGGAAGCUAAAGUUCGACGAGGAAAACUCGUCGCCCGUGUCCGGGACGAUCAUCAUCUCGCUGGAGGAGGCCAUGAGUGGGGAUGCGCCACGCGAAUCCGGUGACAUCGAUCCGCAGUUCAAUCUGGUCGAGGUGUCGGACGAGGUGCGGGCCGAGCUGGCGGCCAUCGCGAACGUGAUCGGGGCGUACAACUGCAAGCUGUGCCGGCUCGAGUUCGAGGAUGCGUUCGGGUUGGCCCAGCAUCGCUGUUCCUGCAUCGUACUGCUCGAGUACCGGUGUCCCGAGUGUGGCAAGCGGUUCAACUGCCCCGCCAACCUGGCCUCGCACCGCCGCUGGCACAAGCCGCGCGAUCAGACCGGAGCGAAGAAGGGCGGUGCGGGCCCCAGUGCCGCCGCCGCCGCCAGUCCGGUCGAGCGCAACGAAGGCCACCAAUCGGACUCGGACGGUGGGGCCAGCAAGUUCCGCUGCAAGCUGUGCGAUAAAACCUUCAAACGGGCCGCAUACCUCAAGAAGCACCAGCAAACCCACAACAAAGCGCCUAACAAAACGUCGUCCAAGGGUUCCAAAGGCUCCAGGGGCGCCGCGAGUUCUGCGCCAGCCGUCACGCCGUACCGUAGCGAAGAUUCGAACCACUCGAGUCAAUCGGUUCGUUCGGGAGACGGUAGCCACGUCGACACUGCCUCGAGCGAUGUUGUGAUGGCCGAGGAUCCCGUGCGGGAUUCGGAUGGCCCACCACCACUGACCGUGUUCAGGAUAGUGGACGGCGCGGCCUCAGCGUCGGAAAACCACUACCCCGGCGAACCGACCGUAACGUUCAUCCAGCAGCCAAGGGCAUCGUCGGUGGUGUCCUCCUCGGGACGGGGCAGUGUGGCACCGGACCACGAGGACGACCCGGACGACAGUGAUUGCGAGGAGCGGACGCUCGUCAUCAACGAGGACUACCGGGGUGACGAGCCGGACGACGAAGACGAAAUGGAGCGCCAGUACCGGUCGGCGUACUGUGACCGGUUCACCGAGGAGGAGAACCUGGCCGCGGCGGCCCUAGCACGCCUCCGCAACGGACCCUCCGUCAUCCGCCACACUACGGCCCUGGUGGUGUAA